UAAACAGACCCAUAACACAUUUCUACGUCGCAACUUCUUGUUUCUAAGUGGCUACUUUUAAUCACAGUUUUGAGUUUUAACUGGUCUGGGAGCAUGUUACACAGUUGUUGUGACCUUCCUCAGUCUAUUAGCGCGCAGGAAUCGAUACUACCCGGUGAGGACUGUGGUGGAACACGGCCCCGAGCUUGAAUUGUGUGGGCGUCACUCCCACUGUGCUCGGUCAUGGCUGCGUAUCCGGACGACUCCUUCCCUUAUCAGGGUCUUUUACCGAAGAAAGAGACCGGCGCCGCGUCUUUCCUCUCCCGAUACCCAGAAUACGAUGGAAGGGGUAUUCUCAUUGCUAUCUUGGACACGGGAGUGGACCCUGGUGCACAGGGACUCCAGGUCACAAGUGAUGGAAAGCCAAAAAUAAUUGACAUUAUAGAUACUACAGGAAGUGGAGAUGUGAACACAUCAACCAUCGUGGAGCCAAAAGAUGGGAAAAUUACUGGCUUUUCAGGAAAAACCCUUGAGAUUCCUGAAAGUUGGAUAAAUCCAUCAGGAAAAUAUCAUGUUGGUCUCAAAAAUGGGUAUGAUAUUUUCCCUAAAGCACUUAGGGAAAGAAUACAGAAGGAAAAACGUGAGAAACUGUGGGAUCCAGUUCAUCGUGUUUGUUUGGCAGAAGCUUGCAAAAAACUUGAUGAGUUUGACAGUGCUCAUACAAAUUUGUCACAAGCAGAAAAGAUGGAACGUGAAGAACUCAACACUCAAGUAGAGAUGCUGAACUCUAUGGAAAAGAAAUACUGUGAUCUGGGUCCUUCUUACGAUUGCCUGGUAUGGCAUGAUGGUGAGACGUGGAGAGCCUGUGUAGAUACAAGUGACUGUGGGAAUCUCAGUAGCUGCAUUGUAUUGAGAAACUACAAUGAAGCUCAGGAAUAUGCAUCAUUUGGGUUAUCUGAGAUGCUGAACUACUCGGUCAAUAUUUAUGAUGAAGGAAAUACUCUCUGUAUUGUAACAAGUGGAGGGGCCCAUGGGACACAUGUAGCUAGCAUAGCUGCAGGUUUCUUUCCGGAUGAUCCUGAACGGAAUGGCAUAGCACCUGGGGCUCAAAUUCUUGCUGUGAAAAUUGGUGACACAAGACUUAGCACCAUGGAAACAGGCACAGGGUUGAUCAGAGCUAUGAUUGAAGCAAUAAAAUAUAAAUGUGAUCUUGUAAACUACAGCUAUGGUGAAGCUACACAUUGGCCUAAUGCUGGAUGUAUUUGUGAAGUAAUUAAUGAAGCGGUAUUGAAACAUAAUGUGAUCUACGUGUCAAGUGCAGGCAAUAAUGGACCGUGCCUUUCCACUGUAGGAUGUCCAGGUGGAACUACUUCCAGUGUCAUUGGUGUUGGUGCAUACGUUUCACCUGACAUGAUGGUUUCUGAAUACUCCUUGCGAGAGAAGCUGCCUGCCAACCAGUACACCUGGUCUUCAAGGGGUCCAUGUUCUGACGGAGCUCUCGGAGUGUGCAUCAGUGCACCAGGAGGUGCUAUAGCUUCUGUUCCAAACUGGACACUACGUGGAACACAGCUGAUGAACGGUACCUCAAUGUCUUCUCCAAAUGCGUGUGGAGGCAUUGCCCUGUUGCUUUCAGGCCUUAAAGCUAAUGGUAUUGGCUACAGUAUUCAUUUCAUUCGGCGAGCACUUGAAAACACAGCCAUGAAGAUUGAUGAUAUUGAAGUAUUUGCACAGGGACAUGGUGUAAUUCAGGUUGAUAAAGCAUAUGAUUACCUCAUACAAAACUCAUCCAUGACCAGCAGUAAUUUGGGGUUUAAUGUUGUUGUCGGCAAUCAACGGGGAAUUUAUCUCCGUGAUCCACACCAUGUAGCUGCACCUUCAGACCAUGCAAUAUCGAUAGAACCCGUCUUCCCUGAACAUGCAGAAAACUCUGAGCGGAUAUCUCUGCAACUUCACUUAGCACUAACCUGUAAUGCUUCUUGGAUUCAAUGCCCUAGUCACUUGGAGUUGAUGAAUCAAUGUAGACAUAUAACUAUACGAGUGAAUCCCUCUGGCCUUCGACAAGGGGCGCACUUUACUGAGGUCAGUGCAUAUGAUACCACAGCCCCUGAUGCUGGGCCUUUGUUUAGAGUUCCAAUAACAGUUAUCGUGCCCUCACGAUUACAUGAAACCUCGGGUUAUGAUCUUGUGUACACAGAUGUUCACUUUAAACCUGGCCAAAUCAGACGGCACUUUAUUGAAGUACCUUGGGGAGCUACUUGGACUGAGGUUACUAUUUCUUCACUUUCACCUGAUGUGUCCUCAAAGUUUGUCCUUCAUGCAGUGCAACUGGAAAAACAAAAAGCUUAUCGUACUAAUGAGUUCUAUAAAUUCACAUCACUCUUAGAGAAAGGAUCAUGUUGUGAAGCAUUUCCAGUUUUGAAUGGUAAAACGCUAGAAUUUUGCAUUGCCCGUUGGUGGGCCAAUCUUGGUGACGUCAAUAUCAACUAUACCAUUUCCUUCCAUGGAAUUCUUUGUACUCCCUCCCAGCUACACAUUAAUGCUUCAGAUGGAAUUACUCGUUUUGAUGUAACAUCCACAAUGAAAUAUGAAGAAAUUGCUCCCUGUAUUAGUCUCAAAUGUUGGAUUCAAUCCUUGAGACCACUUAGUGCAAAAACAAGGCCUUUGGGUCCACGGGAUGCAUUACCAAACAAUCGGCAGUUCUAUGAGAUUAUUUUGACAUACAGUUUCCAUCAAACAAAGAAUGGUGAAGCAACAAUCAGCUGUCCUUUGCUUUGCGAACUACUGUAUGAAUCUGAAUUUGAUAGCCAGUUGUGGAUGCUAUAUGAUCAAAACAAAAGACUUGUGGGCUCAGGAGAUGCUUACCCACACCAGUAUUCUCUGAAGUUGGAAAAAGGUGACUACACUAUACGUCUCCAAGUGCGAAAUGAACAACUUAGUGAGCUGGAGCGCCUUAAAGAUCUUCCAGUUAUUGUAUCCCAUAGAAUCCCCAGUUCUCUUAACUUAGAUGUUUAUGACAAUCACAGCAAUGCAUUAAUAGGCAAAAAAAAAGCCAACAGUGUAAUUUUACCACCAAGUUGCUCUCAGCCCUUCUUUGUUACUUCUCUUCCUGAUGAUAAGAUUCCUAAAGGAGCAGGACCUGGUUGUUUCCUCUCAGGAACUUUAACAUUGGCAAAGAGUGAACUGGGAAAGAAAGCAGGGCAGGCUGCAUCAAAACGUCAAGGAAAGUUUAAAAAGGAUAUGGUGUCUGUGCAGUAUCAUCUUAUACCAUCUCCAAAUAAACAGAAGAAUGGAAGCAAGGAUAAAGAAAAAGAUGUAGACAAAGAGAAGGAUGUGAAAGAUGAGUUCACUGAUGCUCUUAGAGACCUGAAGAUACAGUGGAUGGUCAAAUUGGACAGGAAUACAUUUUAUGAAGAAUUGAAAGAGUCUUACCCUACCUAUCUUCCUCUGCAUGUUGCAAGACUACAUCAGUUAGACAAUGAAAAGGAACUAAUUAAAAGAAUGGAUGCAAUAGUGGAAGCAGCAGACCAUGUCAUAUCUCAUAUUGAUCAGACUACAUUAGCGAUUCAUCUAGCUAUGAAGACUGAUCCCAGACCUGAAGCAGCUACUGUCAAGAGUGACAUGGAAAGACAGAAAUCGUCACUGAUCGAUGCUUUAUGCCGAAAGGGCUGUGCAUUGGCUGAUAUGUUUCUUCAGUUCCAUUCACAAGAUGGUGCAGCAUCAGAAGAAAUAGACAGCACAGGAGAUGAUCCCAAAGGCACCUUCAAAAGCUUGUCUGAAACCUUUUGGGAGAUACUUAAAUGGACAGAUCUUACUGAUUCUAAGGUUUUAACUUUUGCAUACAAGCAUGCAUUAGUGAACAAAAUGUAUGGUCGUGCUCUCAAAUUUGCAAUGAAACUUCUAGAAGAUAAACCAAAUAAGGAAAACUGGAAAAAUUGUAUUCAGGUAAUGAAGUUACUUAAAUGGAGCCAUUGUGCAUCAUUUGCAGAGAGUUCGCUUCCUGUAAUGUUUCCGCCAGACUACGCCCCAUUCUAGAAUAAAUGUUACAGACAUCGAAUUCAGUGAAGAAAAUUAACAAAUUUUAUACUGUUGUCUUUUUCUAAAAAGGCAGUUAUUUUAAGUUUGGACUUUUAUACAGUUUGUUUUCAUUCAUUAAUGAAUGCAAUUAUUAUAUGACAUGGCUGUUAUUGUUUGCCAUGAUAUCUACUCUAUUUAAAAAUUGUGUUCAAUUUUCUAUCAAAGCAUGGAUAAGUAAGGUUCUAUACCGCAUGAUUUCAGGGUUCCUUAGUUUAGUUGCUACUGUUUUGAAGUACAUCUGUAUAUUUUUAUUUAUUGAGUAUAUUUAGGUUUAUUGCCUUUGCGUGUUUGGAAAGAGAAACAUUUUUUUGCCCAGAAGUGGGCUUAAUCUAAUUAUGAUUUAUGUAUCUUAACUUUUAUCUCAGAAUUUCAGGAAAAUGUUUAUUUUUAAUAUAAAUAAACUCAUAGGCACUUUGUUUUCACAGCACAAUUUUCCAGAAGGAAAUUGAGUAAUGUUGGAAAUUGUGCUUCUUGCAAAUUUCCAUUUUAUCAUACCUGAGGAACUGAAAAUACACUCAUAAUAUGAAAGAGGCAAGUUCUAGAUGCAUUAUCCUAAAUAUGUUUACUGAAAGAAAUAUAUUUGACAUUUGAUUAUUUUCUUAAGUAAUUUGCCUAUACCCGUAUUCUUAUACCAUGAAAACAUUUUUGAAAACCUUUAGUGCUUUUCUACUUUGUUUGUCUAAUGAAACAAAGUACAGGUGCCUAGAAAUUCAGUUGCACAAUAGUGUUUUCUGGCAACUUGAUGCAAUUGAAGAUUCAUUUUCCUUUCCUGAGUGAAACACAAUAAUGACCAGACUCUGGUCAAUCUGUAUCACUCUGGAAAUUCAACCUGGCACUUCAUAAAUGUGUCAUCUUUGUAUCCUGAUGCCCAGCAUAACAUUAUUCCCUUUCUUUUACUCCCACUUCCUUUGGAGCACUGUGGGAGAACUCAGACCACAUUGUUGUGAGAGGAACCAUUGGGCUAAUCCUUGGAAAACCUGGUCUUCCAAAUGCAUUAUUGGACUAGGACUUCUUCGAGUCCCUUAUUUUCUUUCAUACCCACCCCAAGAUAGUGACCAACACUUUCCACACCUUCCCCACCCCCCCAAUUAAAUUCAGUUCCAUAUCCGCAUUACUCCUAAAUGUCCCAGUCCUGCAGUCCACUGAGUCCACUGGUGACAUGAAAUUCAGAAGCUUGCCUUCACCACUCGCUUAAUUCCCAAGCCUGACGAUGUAAAGCUUGGCUUGAUCUUUGGCAGCUGCCUUUUCCACCCAGUAUCCUUUCUGUAACUUUCAGAUGAAGGCCCCCAAACUACCUGACUCAUGGAACAAUCCCUGAUUCUUCCCUGCUCCCAUCUCCCACUUACCACUGCAAAGGGCUUCAAUGCCUCUCCCUUCCCACACUUAUAAAGCUCCAUUUUCUUUCUCCUCAAUGCCUCACCAUCAGUGUCUCCACUCAUUUCAAAUGUUCCUAGCCACAGCAGAAGUUGCACCCAGUCCUUUUAAGUUUGCAUUGUGGGAGCCGAUGGUCAAAGUGUCAUCACCCCCUGUCGCAAACCCUGUCUGAUGCACUGUUUUAGGUGCACUAAAACUUUAGGCCAGGUUUUUGAUAAGAAAUGUCAUUCAAAUCCUUCUCAUUCUGAUAACCUAAGUAAUAAAAUUAUAGGUAAUAUAUAAAGAAGACUAAUUAAUAUUUAGAAAAUUAUGCUAACUAAGCCUAAUUCCAAUAGGAAUGUUUUAGUUAUUUUGGGUAGUUUGAAGUUCAACUCUACUAAUCUUUGAGAACAGGUUUAAAAAAAAAAUUGGUACAUUGAAAGGGUUUGCUUGUUCAGCAGUGUAAUAACCUAACCAAAAGUUUAACAAAGCAGAACUGUUAACAGUGCCAGUUGCAUUGGAUAAAAUAUUGUGGUACAUUAUAAGUUGAAAUUUAAAAUCCAAUAUGCUAUCUUCAACUUGAACCUGGAUCCCAAUUUUUAAAAUGCAAUAUGGGUUUUGAUAGUUAUAAUGAAGGCCUAUGAACUGCAUCAUUUAAUGAGGUUAAUGCUGAUAUGUGACCCUACAUCAUAUAAGCAGUUUUAACCCCCCGCAACCCCCACUUCCAUCAACAUUUUUAGUUAUCUAAGAACUGAAAUUAACAAUUGCUUUUCUUCUACUUCUCUGUGAAAACAAAGUCCACAUUUCUUUCAGCAUUUAUGUGUAAUGUUCCCAAGUAUAACUCCUGAGAAGUAUGACUCUGAUUUAAAGACUGUCCAAUUGCAUACUGAGAUUGUGACCCUUGAGCCCUCAUCCAGGGCCAUUAGCAAUUCUUAAUAUCUCAAGAACUUUAAGUCACUCCUUAAUUUUUUUUAUUCCAGGCAUUCUGUAAUUAUUCCUCAACUUUUAACUACUCAAACAAUAUAUGGAGCUUCUGUUAUGCUAUAUUUCUUCCAAGUGUAAUAGGUCAUUGUAAAGAAGAGUUCUGACUUGCACUAUUUCUCUUGUAAUCUGACAGGAGCUUUGAAUACUCGGCUACUUAGGUCCUAAGUGAAUGACUAUAUAUUUGCCCACUUUGAAGUCUAUUUGUUGUCAUCUUGCUUUUAUUCUUUAAUAUUCUAUCCACCCUGGUUACAAUACUGUCAUCACUGGUAGACCUUGAAUAUGUGGCUUUACAUUAUCUGAAUUUUUUAAUGUUAUAUAUUGAAUAGUGGGGACCUCAGCAUAGGUCCUCUUAUCAUCACUUCCUAAUAUGCUAACCAGGUCAUUAAUUUGUUUUCAGUUGCUUGAGGAUCAAUUUUAAUAAUCUCUUAUCUGGGAAUUCCUCAAAUGCUGUCUAAAUCUAUACAAAAACACAUAAGACUAUAUCUCAGGCCACUAACUAACUUUUGUAAAAGAUUGGUUCGAUUUGUCUCAUGUGACCUUUCUUUUACAAGUCAAUGAUGACUGUCUCUGAUCCACCAAAGUUAAGAUGUUCUGUUUCUCCAUCCUUAAUUACAAGCUCUAGUAACCUCCUGACAACAGAUGUUAGGUUAAUCGGUCAGUAUUGGUGGAUGGGUGAGAGGAGGCGGGAUUUAAUGCCUACUUUGUUCUAGUUAAACAGAUAUCCAUGCGAGUGAUCAGGUUGAAAAUGCCAGAAUCAGUUCAGCUGUUAUUGCGAUACAUGUGGUGUGGCAUUUUGAUGUUGGGAGACCAUGGGAACAUGAUAACCAGUGCUGUUCCUGUGCUGGUGCCACCAACUUCAGCAAUAUGUAAGCGUGUACAACUAAAGAGUCCUUUUAAUAAAAUGCCAA